UGGGGUGGGCGAGGUGAUCAGCAGUGCGGAGGAGCGGCUCGCCGCGGGUGCCGGGGACUGGAGCUGAGCGGCGGCCUUUGCUUCCCCUCACUGCAGGCGUCCGGGAGCAUGACGCGCUUCGCCCUGACGGUCGUCCGGCAUGGAGAAACAAGACUUAACAAGGAGAAAAUAAUUCAAGGACAAGGUGUAGACGAACCCCUUUCAGAAACUGGAUUUCAACAAGCAGCGGCUGCUGGUACUUUCCUUAAAAAUGUGAGGUUUACCCAUAUUUUCUCCAGUGACCUCAUGAGGACAAAGCAGACCAUGCAUGGGAUUUUGGAGAAGAGCAAUGUUUGCAAAGAUCUGACAGUGACAUAUGAUUCUCGACUUCGAGAAAGGAAAUACGGGGAUGCCGAAGGCAGGGCGCUAAGCGAGCUUCGGGCAAUGGCCAAAGCAGCUGGGGAAGAGUGUCCUGUGUUCACGCCACCCGGAGGAGAGACGCUGGACCAGGUGAAAAUGCGUGGGAAAGACUUUUUUGAAUUUCUUUGUCAGCUGAUCCUGAAAGAAGGAGAUCAGCACAAGCAGCUUUCCCAAGGAGCUCCCAGCAACUCUCUGGAAACUUCUCUGGCUGAGAUAUUCCCUUUAGGAAAAAAACAUGCCUCCAAAAUUAAUUCAGACAGUGGCGCUCCAGGAUUAGUAGCCAGUGUCUUAGUCGUGAGUCACGGCGCAUACAUGAGGAGCCUGUUUGAUUAUUUUCUGACUGACCUUAAGGGUUCCUUACCAGCAACACUGAGCAAAUCCGAACUUAUGUCAGUCAGUCCCAACACUGGGAUGAAUGUCUUUAUCAUACAUUUUGAGAAAGGAAGAGAAGCCAAACCCACAGUUCAGUGUGUCUGUAUGAACCUAUUGGAUCAUCUAAAUGGAGCGACUGAAACACGCUAAAAUUAAACCUACAGCAAAAUUAACAGUUUUGAGCCCCAGAGGGAGUGCCUUUAACUUUUGCUUUAUUUAUUUUGGUUCUCUGCUAGUGCAGAUUUGGAAGCACUUAAAAAACUGUCUGUACUAGCAGGUUAUAAAACACGAAUGGAGUCAGAGCCACAUGAAACACUAAUGGAAAACCUAUUGGAAUUGACUUAUUUUUCUCUGAGUACGGUUGGCAUUUUCCAGAGUAAUUUUACCACCCUGCUCAGUUACAUCUCUGGAUCAUAAAUGGAUGAAAGAGCUCAGUAUUGCAAACUGGGGGAUUAAACACCCCUUUACUAGGUUUUCUUCCCUUUAUUUCAGUGUUCAAAAAAAAUCUUUUUAUUGGCUCUUGAUAAGAUUCUGAAUGUUUUAUCCUGUCUUAUCCAGUAUCGGGGAGAAAGAACUAAUUCUAAUUCCCACUGCCUACUCAUAGUGACAAUAUAUGUUAUAUUUUUAAAGGCCUUUCAAUGAAAAAUGCUUGCUUGUCCUCAUAAGUUUACAAGUUAUAUAAAGCAAUGUGACACUAAAAUGUUUAACAUCAAAAUGCACUUUUGGAAUUUUUUGCUCAAGGGCUUAAAAGUGUGGAUGAGUGCAGACUGAUGGCAGAAUGAUCUAAUAAAGAAACAUUUCUAUAAAAAGCAUAAAGGAAGACAUCUGAGCAGGACAAGAGAAAGAGCAGCAUUUGUCUGAUCUGUAGGCUGAAGACGCAGUUUGAGGAAGACUAAAGGAAAAAGGUUAAUAGUGUAGGACCCAGUAACCUUAGGACAAAAGAGGCUGUUUGGUCAGGAAGACUGAUCCUGUAAACCACAGCUGGCUGUGUGUGUGUGUAUGCAGGGUACAGAUGACAUUGCCUCGUGUGUGUGCAGGGUACAGGUGACAUUGCCUUGUGUGUAUGCUCAGGGUAUAGGUGACAUUGCCUCGUGUGUGUGUGCAGGGUACAGGUGACAUUGCUCGUGUUCCCACCAGAUGGCACUGGAGAAAAGGGAUUUUAUUUGACAGUCUUGUAUACAUAAGAUCAACCCUUCAGGAAUCCGCAUCUAGAUGAUUGUAUUUUAAGUGUAGUUUGCUCUUAAGUCAUGUUGAUAACUACCACGUCUCAGUUUUUAAGAGGAUAUCACUUAAGCUGACCAUUAAGGUUAAACUCAAGUAUCGACAAAUUUAUUUUGAAGAUCAUUGAAAACACAUAUAAAGCUCAGUAUUGCUCUGUCCUCAGUGUGUGACAUUACUGACUUUCCAUGGUAUGAACAGAACAUGUGCUGAGGUGCCAAAGAAUGCACCCUGCAAAUAGACACUUGAAAAAAAAGAACUGAAAAGGGCAAAUAAUAAACAUCGACAUUCCUGCCGUCCAGAAGUAAAAACUAUCUUUAAAAAAAAAAAAAAGUCCCUGUGGUUGGUCCUCACUGUCCUGUCUCCACCUGCCCCCUGCAGAGGUGGCCAACGGCCUGUCUAUGCAGGCGUCACACUUCAUGUUUUCACCUUGUUUCAUAAGGAAAUGGUAUUGCACAUAAAUAAUCAAGCUGUAACUACUUUCACCUUGUAGAUCCUGGCGCUCUGUGUUGAUAGGUACAAGUCACGUGACUGAGAACCACUGAAACCUAUUGAGUAAAUACAACAAGUUCACUUGUGUUUUCUUGGCCUCUUGGGUAUAUUUAAUGUUUUCCUGUACAAGCAAGUCUCAGGACGCAGCUUGCAUGGCUCUUCCCGUGCUGGGUGGACAGACUGUGCAUUUCCAGGCUGCAGGCGCCGGACGGCCUCACACGCUGUCCUGCCAGCAGUAUUGGGCAUUUCUGCUUUCCAGCAUGAAGCCGCCUGACAAGAUUCUAUUAAUCUAACAAGUGGAAAAUAGUAUGUUGCUAUUUCUGUGAACUUUUUUCUGUCAUUGCUAUGAGUCUGGGCGUCUUUUUUCAUGUCUGUAUGGAAAUUAGACUUUCCUAACUGAGAAAUCACCAUUUUGUGUUCUUUGCCUGGCUUUCUGUUGGGCUCUUUGGCUUUCUUAGUGAAUUGCAGGAAUAAUGUUGUAAGUAGCUCCAAGUUGACUUGUGCUUUAGAUUUUUUUUCCAUAAAAAUAUUUUUAAGUCAGA